AAUUAAAAACAGUUGGGGAUAUAGUACUAACUAUUAACUUAAUAUAUUGGUAGCAGUACCAGUAUGAAAUAUCUUCCAAGUAUCAUUUCAUUAUACAUGUUCAAAAUUUUAUUACCUCAAUAAAUUAUGACAGGAUCGUAUCAGUGACAGUGACAAUAUGAUAUAUGAUUUACUUAAAGAUGUCGGAAACACCAAUCGAGUGAGCUGCACUAAUUGUUUCACUCUGGAGGCUGAAAAUAAGAAGCUUAAGGAGCAAUUAAAGAUCAGUAAGCGGAAGCUGCAGAGGGUGCAGGGGGAAAAAUUGUCCUCGGACGAGCACGCACUACGAUUGUCGAAAGAACUCCAAUUGAUGAAGGACAAAAAUAAGUUUACUGAGGCUUCUUUUUCCGAGCAAGAAGGAAUUCCGAUGACCGUAGCAGAUUUGGAUGAACUGAAUGGCCGCGCGACAACAGACAGCAUGUUUGCUGGGUUGCUCGCUGUUCGCUUGGUGGGUGCAGAUAACCUGAUAAAGAUGAGCGUAACCGGUCAGGCGUGCCAUCGGUACGCCAAUAUGAAAAAAGAAGACGGAACUCGUUUGUACCCAACCCCAAAAAAACUGGACCCCAACGUGUUGCAGUUUAUCUGUAACAAAAUCGCAGAACGUACUGCCAUCCGUGUUGGUUUACAAAACGUACUUACAAUUCGGCAAUAUCAGAAAUAAAAAAUAAAAACAUCAACAUUUUAAUUUUUUAAUUUUAUUUUAUUUUUUGUGGGAAAGAAUUGGAACUAUAUUGGUUAUGGUACAGGGAAGCUCUUUUUAAAAAUAUUUUACAAUAUGCGGAACGUAUGAUUGAGCGUUAUUUUUACUACAAACUACUA